AUGAUGAACAGUGCAGCCCAACUAUUCAAUGACAAACUCGUGCUGCUUGUUGAUGACCUCAAGAACAAGCUAACUGAUGCAGAAUUUUCCUAUAUUGAUGCAUCUGGUUCUUCAUCCCAGGUUUCUCCGUCUAAUGAUUUUACAGUAGCAGACAGUCCAUGCUGCAAUGUAUCGACUACUUUGGGCAAAGGUCAAUGUAUUCCUCGGCAAGUUCCAUGCAGUAAUCGCGACGAGUUCGUUUACUUCGAUGGAUAUCAUCCUACUGAGGCUGCAAAUACACUCAUCGCAACAAUUGCAUACAAUGCCAUGUCUGGUCUACUAUCCUGUGGAGCCUCCUGCAUUAGCAGCCAUGGAGAAAAAUCAGACCUCCAUGGCAUUUCACUGUCUACCACAAGGGCAAAGUUUGCCGCACAAUGA